AUGGCGAAGCGGCUUCGUGAGUCCGAAUCCGACGAUACAAUGCCGGCAGCAGCUGAUUACCACACGGUCUUCAUCGACACCAAUCUCGAUACCCACUUUGUUACGAUCGUCUCUAAUUCUGAGACUGUCUUCGAUUUCAAAAAAAAGAUAAUGCUUGAACACCCCCAGUACUUCCCUAAAAUAGGGGAGAUAAAAAUCCAUGAUCUAAAGGUCAAGCGCAAGAGGCACUUCUAUCACCUGUCAGAGUCCAUGCUUGUAAGGAGUGCAUUUGAAGGGGCUAAGAACAAUUGGUUUCUUUUUGCUGAUGUUUCUAGUUUAAAGCAGCCCAGUGGAAACGAACAUUCUUGUCAAGCUGAAGUUGCUCACCAGUCAUCAUUGCUGCACCCUGUGAGCACCCAAUGUGCAAAGUGGGAAGUUUCUAUAGCCAACAAGUCUAUUCCAGGGGAUUCUUGUAGAGAGGCUUCAAAAGAUAUGGAGAUGGAAGCGAUUGCUAUGAGUGGUGACCAUUGCAAAGAUUUGUUCUCCAAGGAGAAGAGAUCAGAUCUUGAAAUACAAGAGAAGUAUAAUAUUGUCAGCGAAGGUAAUAAACUUCCAGGAAUGGCUGCCAUGCUCAAGGAGAAGUAUAAUAUUGUCAGCGAAGGUAAUAAACUUCCAGGAAUGGCUGCAAUGCUCAAGGGUGACAAUUCCGUGGAUGGGAUUAGCAGUGUUCAAUGCAAUAAUUCGCUGGGACAAUCUUUGAGAGCUGGAACUGCUUCAAAGAAAAAACAGAAGAUUAAGAAGCAGCUCAAUGAAGAUGUAGUGUUCGAAGAUCCUUUCAAAGAUGAAUAUGGGUCUAUUCAUGCAUCCAGUAAGGAUAUAUCAGAACCAAAUAUUGUUGGGCAAGUUUCAAAUGAAGUGAAAAUGGGAAACAAAGACAUUGGUGAUGAACUUUGCAAGACCUCAUCUUUGGAGGGUAGUGAGAGGUCAGAAUCUGGAUUGCAUACGAAAAAANAACUUUGCAAGACCUCAUCUUUGGAGGGUAGUGAGAGGUCAGAAUCUGGAUUGCAUAGGAAAGACAGUCUACAAGAGAGGGCAGCUGAAGUCUCCAGGAUACAAAAUGGGUGCCAUAAUGAAACAUCUAAGAGUAGGGUUGGUGAUGUGCAAGGCAAUAACACAUUUGAAGAAGCUUCGCAACCUAAGUUUUCUGCAAAGAAAAAGCAUAAGAUAAAAAGUAAAGAAGCCUGUGGAGACCCUUUGGGAAAAGAAGAAGCCUUAAUUUCGAAUUCUAGUAAAGAGAUAUCUAAGCCAGAGAUUAUAAUUCCCAAUAAUUCUAGUGGGGAUGACAGGAAAAUGAUAAACGCUACUUCAGACAGUGUAGUUACUAAACCUUCAGAUGGUGACCAUUUGGAAACCAGUCCACGCAGGAAGAAGAGGACGAGGAAAGGAAGAAAGGAUUUAUCAAUUCCCCAUAAUCAAGUCACUGAUGUUGUCCAUCCUUCUGCACAAGCAGUUGGGGAAGAGAAGAGCUUUGAGGAAAAUGUAGAAAUCAAUUCAGCUAAGUUAUCUGAUGCCACGACUGUUCCUGCAGAAAGAAUCCAGAAGGAGAGACUUUCUCAACCUUCUGGAAUCUCUCAGAAGAAAAAACAGAGUGAACCUGUUGACGAAGAGAUUGAAGGGAACAAAGAACACCAUAUAUUGCCCGGUACGGAAAUAUGUGAACCUGAUGCUAGCAAUGUAGAAGGCAAAAGUGAUGCAAAUGAACAAGUUGCUGGAUUAGGAGUGAAAGGAACAAAUCCAAUGAAGCACCGUGACAAUGAUGCGAAAGAAUUUCUUCCACUUGUCGUCGAAGAGGCUCAUAACACAAACAAAGGCAUUAAUCACUCUGCACAGAAAACUUGUGUCCCUGAUGUACAAAAGUUUGAAAUCGGUCAGACCGAAAAAAUUGAGGAGGACAGGGAGUUGUCACAGAACCAUGUUCCUGAAGCAAUGGUGUCUAAAAGGUGCCAACCUUUGCAUCAGGAUGAAUCUGAUCUGAAUAUUAAACAACCAGUGCUUUCAGCUAAGUUGUCCAAUGCCAAUGGGAUCAUGGGAUCAGGAAAUUCUGGUGGCAAGGGGAGGAUAAAAAAGAGGGCCAAGAAGUCUGCUGGAAGGAAUCAGAAUCCAUCAGGCAUGGAGAGUGCAGAUAAUACUGCAGUUGAAAAUUCUUCAGUUGCGCAUUGUUCAGCUUUUGAUGAUCAUUUGAGCAAUGAAAAUAAAAAAGACGAGAGCACCUUGUCUCACAAUGAAAGAAACGAAGCCGCAAUACAAGAGUCAGUGGAUACUUCUCCAGUAAAUGCUAAUUGGGAAGGUAAUAAUGUGAGAAAAAAUGACGCAGAACUUCCACCAUUAACUCAGGUGGACAGAACUCGAGAAAAUGGAGUACAUAUGGGUGAGAAAUCAAUGAAGAAAGUGAAAAAGAGUCAAAGCUCAACCAUGAAGAGCCUACCAGAUCUGCCAAUUGAAGAACUACAAAAUGAGGAGGAAAGUUUGCAGUUGAAUCAAACUGGAAAAACUCAACAGAUGUCAGAAAAUGUGGGUAGGAGAUCGGAAAAGAAAAUGAAAAAGGAGCAGAAUUCUGCUGCAAAGACCCAUUCAUAUUUGCCAAUCAAAAAGCAAGAAGGUGGUGUUGGAGAACCAGCUGCUUCAAAUGAUAAAAGGGGAAAGGUUGACACUCCAUCUGAAACAGCAAAGAAAACUAGAUCAGCAAACGCAAGUCCUAAGAAUCCACCGACUGUUUCAGAGUUGGAACACGCCACUAGCAUUGAGUCUGGUUCUUUAGAUCCUGAACGACCUUCUGGGGAUGUUGACAUAAUCCAUGUUUCGUCUUCACAUGCACUUGAAGGUAAUUAUAAGGAGAGGCCUGAAGCUAAGGUCGAUUCUGAUAAUCAGAUGGAAAUUUUGAAGUGUGAAACAGAUAGGAUCAACUUCCAGCAUUACUUUGUGCCUGGCCAACAGCUGAACGAAGUUGGUCCAGCUGACAUGGUCAAAGAAGCAACACGAUCAGAAAGGGACAUCAAAACUNGCCAGCCAGUCGAUGUUGUUCCAGACAGUCAAGGAAUCAUCCUCUGA